AUGGCCCCAGGAGGUGCUGGAAAUAUUAAGGUGGUGGUGCGGGUACGGCCUUUCAACAGUCGAGAACUCGAACGAAAUGCACAAUGUAUCAUUUCGAUGAAAGGAAACCAGACUGUGCUCACUCCCCCACCUGGCGCAGAAAAUAAAUCAAGUAAAGGCGGGAAGGGUGGUGAAGGGAGCAAGGUCUUCGCCUUUGACCGAUCAUAUUGGUCUUUUGAUAAGAAGGCAUCAAACUUCGCCGACCAAAAUGACCUUUUUGACGAUCUGGGUUCACCACUUUUGGACAAUGCCUUUGGAGGUUACAACAAUUGUAUCUUUGCCUAUGGGCAGACCGGCUCAGGAAAGUCAUACUCCAUGAUGGGUUAUGGCAAGGAAUACGGUGUCAUUCCCCGAAUUUGUCAGUCGAUGUUCGAGCGCAUCACAGCAAUCCAGGAGGACAAGCAUCUGAAGUGCACGGUCGAGGUGUCGUACCUUGAAAUCUACAAUGAGCGCGUUCGAGAUCUGCUCAACCCGUCAAAUAAGGGCAAUCUGAAAGUCCGUGAACAUCCAUCGACUGGACCGUACGUCGAAGAUUUGGCCAAACUUGUCGUAGGGUCAUUUUCAGAAAUUGAAAACCUGAUGGACGAGGGUAACAAAGCCCGAACUGUGGCCGCGACCAACAUGAACGAAACGUCAAGUCGAUCACAUGCUGUUUUCACGUUGACACUGACACAAAAGCGACACGAUAGCGAGACCUCAAUGGACACCGAGAAGGUAUCAAAAAUCAGUUUGGUUGAUUUGGCAGGUUCAGAAAGAGCAAACUCAACUGGAGCCACAGGUGCACGAUUGAAGGAGGGAGCAGAGAUCAACCGCUCACUUUCAACACUUGGUCGUGUCAUUGCCGCACUUGCUGAUGUCUCAGCUGGCAAGACCGCGGCAGGCAAGAAGAAAAACGCGUCCAUGGUACCAUAUCGUGAUUCAAUCUUGACAUGGUUGCUGAAAGAUUCCCUGGGUGGUAAUUCCAUGACUUCUAUGAUUGCAGCAAUCUCUCCUGCAGACAUUAAUUGGGAAGAAACCCUCGGUACUCUUCGAUACGCUGAUUCAGCCAAACGAAUCAAGAACCACGCCGUUGUGAACGAAGAUCCGAACGCACGUAUGAUCCGUGAGUUAAAGGAAGAACUUGCACAACUCCGGUCUAAACUCGGAAGCGGAGUAGUUCCUGGGGCUAGCGGUGCUCCAGGUGCUCCCGCCGAGGAGUAUUACCCCCCUGAUACACCGCUAGAGAAACAGAUGGUCUCUAUUCAACAGCCAGACGGCAGUAUCACCAAAGUCAGCAAGGCGGAGAUCGUCGAACAGCUGAACCAGAGUGAGAAACUUUACAAAGAUCUCAACCAGACUUGGGAAGAGAAGAUGCUGAAUACUGAACAAAUUCACAAAGAGCGUGAAGCUGCCUUGGAAGAAUUGGGAAUCAACAUUGAGAAAGGCUUUAUUGGAUUGAGCACUCCCAAAAAAAUGCCCCAUUUGGUCAAUCUGAGCGACGAUCCUCUUUUGGCGGAAUGCUUGGUCUACAACAUCAAACCCGGCACAACGACUGUGGGACACAUGGACCAAAGCCAAACUGUCGAAAUUCGCUUGAAUGGGUCCAAAAUUCUUGAGAAACACUGUACCUUUGAGAAUAUAGACAACAUCGUCACAAUUGUUCCCAGCGAAGGAGCUGCUAUCAUGGUGAACGGCCUGCGGGUUAACAAACCCACGCGACUGAGAAGUGGUCACCGAAUCAUUCUUGGUGACUUCCAUAUCUUCCGCUUCAACCACCCCCAAGAAGCCCGAGCCGAACGGGUGGAACAGAGCUUGCUCCGUCAUUCUGUAACUACCAGCCAGCUUGGAUCACCUGCACCCAACAAAACCCAUGAUCGAAAUCUCAGCAAAACCGGCUCUGAAGUGGAUGGCGAUUCCAGCCGGGCUGAGUCGCCCAUGCCCUCACAACGCAGCCGUGAAUCGGAUUGGUUCUUGGCUCGCAGAGAAGCUGUCAGUGCAAUGGUUGGUCCAGACCAAAUCUCACACUUGCCCGACGAUGAACUGGACACUCUCUUAGAAGACGUGCAGAGGGUCCGAGCAGGUCGGCGUGGGCUGCCGGACAACGAGGAUGAUUCCGACUCCAUCAGCUCCUUCCCGAUUCGGGAUAAGUACAUGUCCAACGGGACCAUCGACAACUUUUCCCUCGAUACAGCAAUAACCAUGCCAAGCACGCCUCAGCAAAACGACGAUGAAGACAGUAAUGGUAUCACACCUCUGAAUCAAGUUCGCCAAGAUAUGCAGCGGCAGUUGGAUCGCCGCAAGGAAGAGUUCCAAGAAAAGCUCAAGACAGUGGGGGCUUCGGCUGAUCCAGACUCACCAGAGCUCCGCACAGAGCAGGACCGAAUGGAGGAUGCUUUGCGAGUGGCCAAAGAGGAGUUCGAGGAGCAACUGCGCCAGCAGAAGGAGACUUUCGAGACUCACAUUCGCGACAUGGGCAAGCCGGUGCCGCAAAUAUUCGAGAAUGGUUUCGCUAAAUUGAAUGAGCGUGAAAUUGAGAUUGCGCGCUCAGUGUAUGGCCAUUGGUCUCAACGGAACUAUGUGCGCAUGGCCGAGAAAAUCCUGCAGCAUGCUUCGCUCCUAAAAGAAGCGCAAGUCAUGAGCCAUAUAAUGGACAAGAACGUCGUUUUCCAGUUUGCGAUUGUCGACCACGGGCACAAUAUGGAGUCAUCUUACGACCUCGUGCUCAACGGGAUCUCCGGCGAUGAAGAUAUUCCGCUCGACGAGGCAAAGAAGCCCUGCGUUGGUGUUCGUGUCAUCGACUAUAAGCAGAGCGUCAUCCACCUUUGGUCCAUCGAAAAGCUCCAGCGCCGCGUCCAGGCGAUGCGUCAACUGCACCAAUACAUCGAUCGCCCCGACUAUAUCCAGCACUUCAGACUAGACAACCCAUUUUCCGAACCUUGUUCACCUCAAUAUUCCCUGGUGGGUGAUGCCGACAUUCCCUUGACGGCCGUCUUCGAGACCCGCGUCCAAGACUUUUCUGUUGAGAUCACCUCACCAUACACCCAAAAUGUCGUUGGUAUCAUUCGGCUGUCCCUCGAGCCGUCAUCCGCGCAGGCGCCAUCGUCAACCCUCAAGUUCAAUGUCGUCAUGCGGGACAUGAUCGGAUUUGCAGAAUGGGAAGGCUCUGAUGUCCACGCUCAGUUGUUUGUCCCAGGCAUCUCUGAGGAGGGUGGUGCGACUACCACCCAGAUGAUCAAGGGAUUUGAGGACAGUCCAGUCCGGUUCGAAAGUGUGCACAGCAUGAGUUUGCCGCUAUCCAGUCCACGAACAGCCGCAUUGAAGGUUUGUGUCUAUGCGGGGGUAACCUCUGUUCACCUUGACAAGCUUCUUAGCUGGGAUGACAUGCGAGACUCGGUAGAGCCUCUGCCGCAGAAGCGAACUGCUCCUCGCAUUGCUGAGUCCGAAUUUUAUUCAGAGGAACGACACGAUGUUUUUGCUAGGAUCCAGAUCCUUGAAAUGGCGGAGUCUGGUGAAUACCUCCCCGUGGAGGUUGUCCAGAGCAACAGUCUUGAUGCGGGAACAUCCCAGCUUCAUCAAGGUCUACAGCGCCGUAUCUCGAUCAAUUUGACCUACAGCUCCACAGAGAGUCUUCCAUGGGAUGAUAUCAACAACAUCCGUGUAGGCUCUGUUCGCCUACUGGACCCUUGGGGCAAAAUCCCAGAUCAAGAUUUCCAGACUCCCGAUGUUCCCUUGAAAUUUGUUCAAGAUCCCAUGGUCAAGGACAAUGCCGAUGGAACCUCCAUGGUCACCAUCGUGGGUCAGUGGGACUCAAGUUUACACGGAUCCCUCCUCAUUGACCGAGUGACGGCAGAAAAAUACCGGGUACAGGUGACUGUACGCUGGGACCUAGUCUCUAGCCGCCUUCAGACCCCGGUCGUGUUUGAGGCCGACCAGACCAUCCAGAUUCAAGGUCGCACAUAUGUCCGUCAACAGUCGAUGUUCAAGCAAUUCUGGAACUCGAUUCGGGUUGUACAUUCGACGACCUGCAUGUACUCCCUGGUUAUUCGCCCUAUUUCGGCCAAACGUGCUGCCGAUCUCUGGCGCAUGAAUACACAAAAUGACUAUGUGAAGGGCGAAGAGCUCUUGGAUUCCUGGUCUCCUCGCAAAGUCUCACUGGUACGAGAUUACAUUUCGAAUCGCAAACGACGGCAACGAAUUGCCGAGCUUCAUGCUGCUCGGGGCGCUCUUAGUGCAGGAAGCCUGAUCGCAUCACCCGCUCGUAGUGGAAUGUCAACGCCAUCGCGCGGAACCGCUCUCAACGAGCGCAAAUCCAAACUUCUGCGCAAGUAUUUGGAUCUGUGGUCACUCAAGCAGGAUCCUACCGAGGCGAUCCUCAUUCGAAGCAACACCGAACCCCCUACGGACGGAGCAGCGCACAGAAAAGCCGCAGACACCAAUGGCCUCUCCGACAAGGUUUCACUCAAGCCUCGCUUCAUAGCCACCAUUCAAACCCUCCCCAAAGCUCCCGACGCCUUGAAGACGGGAUACGUGCUUACCCCCGAUGACACCAACAACGUCUGGGUCCGUCGUUUCGUGGAGCUCCGCCGGCCGUAUCUCCACAUCUACUCGGUCCCGGAUGGCGACGAGAUCAACGCCAUCAACCUGCGCAACUCGCGUGUUGACCAUGCGCCGGAUUUUGCAAGACUGCUAGACGGUUCAGGAGCUGGAUCUGAUCGUUCGCUAUCCACUAAGGGACGACCUAAUGUGUUUGCUGUCUAUGGUACACAAAACACGUUCCUCUUCGCCACUCGUACCGAAGCACAAAAGGUGGAGUGGAUCUUGAAAAUAGACGAGAGCUACUUCAACAGCAACAGCCCCAGUGCGACCAUGAGUAGCGGUUGA